UUUCAGAGGCCAGUAACUUUUCAGAAGAGAGUUGGUUGACAGUAUGGCUUCAUCUACCGUUAGUUGCCAGAUCAGGCUGGUUGACUCAAAGCCAGUUUUCACCAUAGACAGCAUCCUUGGGUUAGAUUUGGACAGGCCAGAACUACGCAAUGUGUCUGUGAAGCUGUAUCGACCCUGGACGGAAUUGGAACCAACGCAACAGAGAAGUCACACCAUAGUCAAUAGACCAUCGGAGCCUUCCUCAGAGAUAAAGGGGAAAGAAGAUGAACAGAAGCUCAAAUGUAAACAACACUUUACGGAGUCCUACAGGAGAACAUUAAACUGGUACAUUGGGCGCAGGCCGCGGACGGCUUUCAGUAGCACACAGAUUGAAGUCUUGGAGAGUGUGUUUCUCAUCAACGCAUACCCGGGUAUUGACAUCAGAGAAGAACUGGCUCAGAGGUUACAUCUGGAUGAGGACAGAAUACAGAUCUGGUUCCAGAAUCGCAGAGCCAAGCUGAAACGUUCUCACAGAGAGUCACAGUUCCUCAUGGUGAAAAAAGCCUUCGCAGAUCUCAAGGACAAAGAAGGGGAAUAGUCCUUGUGAUAAACACAGACCUUAUAGGGGCCUUAAUUACCUUAAUUAAGGACCUCUUGCUCUCUCUCGCUCUCUAUACAUAUAUUUAAUAUAUUCUAUGAUGUAAAUGUAAAUUUUUGUAGGGUAUGCUAAAAUGUUUAUGAACAGAUAAGACCAUUGUCAAAUACAUUUGUGGGUUCAGCAUUUCUUCUCAGUUUAUUGAGCUAUAUUGGCAAAAUGUUUAUUUUCUCCAACAAUAGAAAACAUUUAUGAAAAUGUAGAUUAUUAAAUGAUUUAGUUUGCAAGCAGCUGCAGGUUCCGGGUGUUCCCAGAACAUCCAGAGAUAAGCUCUCCUUAUUGUUAGAGAAACACCCCGGUAGGAACUAAUUUGUCUCCUUCAGUAGAGCCUCAGCAAGGCAAUUAAGUUUAGGGGAGUGAGAGACAAAGGAGUAGCAGGGAGGCAGCCUGCCCUGCAGGCAACAGGAAGGAGAGAGUAUAAAGGUGUAGACUGUAGAGAAAGCGUUGUGAAAAGAAAGAAAGAAAAGUAUAUUUAAAUCCCUGGUGCAUGGUAUUUGAUUUGGUUGCUACAUUGCUAGCCUAUUAGAUGUUUGGCCAAAUUUCAGAUAAUUGCAUUUAUGCUUGGCAGGCACCGGAACCUCUCUUUUCUAACUAAAGAAGUAGGCCCAUAUAUCUCUACUUGUGGUGGCAUGAUAAAGAUAAGGAACAGGGAAUUUAAGUUUACAACUCAAACCAAUAUAGGCAACCUUUUUACUAACCCACUACUCUACUAACAGGGUAUGGCUGCAGUUUCACUGCCUUAACACAGGAGGGUGCUAAGGAAUGUCAAACAAUUCUCUCUGUCUGUCUCUCUCUUGCUCUCUCUCCUCCCCCCUCUCUCUCUCUGUCUAGUCUA